CGCAUGCUCAAGCUCGGAGAUGGCACUAUGCUACAACUGGACGACAGCGAUAUUCCUGAUCCUCCUGCCAUCAGCUUCUCAAACGACAUCUCAAGCCUCAACAGCAUGUGGGAUGACCACACUGAGCACUGGCAAGGUGCAUCGUUUAUUGUCAUCCAGGGCCACCCAAUUGCAAUCGAGCACUGGCCUGUACUCUAUCGCUAUGGCAGGGACCAGCAGUGGAAGGGGACAAAGAAUAAGUGGACGGACUGGCGUGACAUCAUUCAAUGCUAUCGUCAAGGCAGCCCGGAGGAGUUCUGGGCCAAAUUCAGUAUUGACGGAGAACACAUGACCUUCACCACUAUUAUUCAGAAGCUGCGCGAUGUGCGCAAGGAGACCCACUCCCACAUCAUGCAACAGGCAUAUGAAGAGUUUGGUGCCACGUUCAAUGCUCAUUUUACUUACCGGAGGGGGGGCAAAGAGUAUGUCAUGACCAAGCCGUCUGCUAUUGCAAAAAGGUACACCGAGUUGACAGGCAAAGGUCCAGUGUGA